AUGGCAAUCAUCUUAAAAGAAGUCUCCGCUCCUACCGCUGGUAUCAAGAUCACCACACCCAACGUUCAGGCGUUCCAUAACUCUGAUUCUCUCGGAAACGGAACUCUCUACGUCACUGGUAGCGAGGUUACUUGGAUUAGCAGUGCUCCAGGCUCCAAAGGAUUCUCUGUUACCUAUCCAGCUAUCGUCCUUCAUGCCAUCUCCACAGACACCACCACUUUCCCUUCAGAGCACGUUUUCAUGAUGGUGGAUCAGCGAAAAUCGAUCAGACGAAGACGUGCGCCUAUUCUGAGGACAAUUCAGGAAGCUGACGAACAGAGAGGCUUGGAACUCGCCGCCGCCGAGUUGGAAGGCGAGGAGAGCGAUAAUGAUGAUGAGGAGGGACCAGGACUUGAGAUUCGUUUUGUUCCAGAUGAUAAAGAAGCUUUGACUCCAAUGUACCAUGAGAUUCUGAAGGGACAGGAGGAGAAUCCAGAGGAGGAUGAUAUGAUGUUCGAAGAUGAGGAAGAGCAGGAGGAUGGAGAGUACGAAAUGGAGGAGGGAGAUGAGCAAGCGAUGGGAUCCGGACAAUGGUUCACUGCUGAUAACAUCGAUCAAUUGCAAAUGAGCGAGGAAGGACUGGCCAACAUGCAGAGAAUCUUCGGAAGAGGCGAUCAGCAGCCACGUCAGGAUGAUUCCAUGGAAUAA